UCUCUCUUGACUAACAAGACGACCGACGCUAGGAAGGCGCUCGAUAGGGGCCCUACAGAACUAUACACCCCGCGCUUCUACGGGGAUGGACGCCGCACCACAAUGUCCAGCCCUUCCGACAACAAAGUUGCGCCGAGCGACGGCCCGCUCGUCCGAGCACCGUUGCGCGAGCGCCGCUCGCCCGAACCGCUGUACAAGGAUAUCGAGCCGAUUCCGCUCGAGCCCAUCCCAUCGCACUUCACGCACAUGUCCAGACACUCUCUGCACUGCCACUUUGAGCCUGAGGCCGAUGCCGAACGCCGACCAGUUGUGGAUAUCGAGCACGCACCCGUCGACGACGAUCCACGCGCAUGGAGCAACCGCAAGAAGAACUUCGUCUUGACCCUCAUGACGAUCGCCGUUGUUGGACCCAUGAUCUCGCCGAGUAUCUACAACCCCGUUCUGGACGACGUUGAGGUCGACUUGUCUGCGUCCCAAACCCAGAUCGGUCUCUCCCUCUCCCUUUACAUUCUCUUCCAGGGGUGUAUCCCACUCGUGUGGACGACGAUUGCCGAGAUCGUCGGGCGCAAGCCCGUAUACAUCACCUCUUUCGUGCUGUACACGGCGGGCAGUGCCGCGGGCUCGCGUGCCCCCAACAUGCCCAUCCUCAUCGGAAUGCGCAUUCUGCAGGCCGUGGGCUCGAGCGCCGUCGUGUCCUCCGGCGCCGGCUCCCUCGCGGAUAUGUACGAGAUCGAGGAGCGCGGCCGCCGCCUCGGCUGGUUCUACGGCAUGCCGAUGCUUGGUCCGACGCUGGGCCCGCUCAUCGGUGGCGCACUAGGCAACGCCUACGGUUGGCGCUCGACGCUCUACUUCCUCGCCGUGUUUGCCUUCCUCAUGACGGUCGCAUUCUGCUUCUUCCCAGAUACGUGGCGUCGCGAGCGCUCACGCAGCUAUCAGAAGGCGAUGGCUGCUGCGCUCCGGCGCCAGCUCAAAGCGCAGGCUGUUGCUGAGAAGCGCGAAGCUAAGCUGGAGCGCAAGCGCAUCCGCGGUCUUGCGAGCACCGCCACGACGCCUGCGGCCACCCGCCCUCCUACGCCAGGCGCCCUGACUCCCCUCGAAGGCGAGUACGAUCCAGAGACCGCUCGUAUCAACGGACCGCCCUCGCUCGUCGCCCGCCUCCGUGCCCGCCUCGGAAUAAAGCAGAGUGACGAGCUACACCCCUCGUUCGUCGACCUCAACCCGCUUCCCUCGACAAUCAGCGUGUUCCGCGCACCAACGAACGCGGCCGUUCUGGUCGCCUCGGGCCUCCUCUUCGCCGUGCAAUACACGACAACAUACACUGCGGCCGUGACCUUUGCGCGUGCGCCGUACAACUACAACCCGCUGAUCAUCGGCGUCGUCCUCGUUGCCUUCGGCAUGGGGAAUGUGGUUGGCAGCGUCGUCGGCGGUCGCUGGAGCGACUAUGCGAUGCGCCGCCUGACAUCGCGUAAUGGGGGCACCACGGAGCCGGAAAUGCGCCUCCAAUGCACGCUGCCCGCCAUGCCCGUCCUCCUCGUCGCGUACCUAAUCUACGGCUGGACGGCCGAGUACAAAACCUCCAUCGCGGGCCCCGUCGUCGGCCUCUUCCUCGCCGGCUUCGCCCUCCUCUUUGUCUACUCCUCCACGCUCGCAUACCUCGUCGACUCGAAUCCCGGGCGCUCCGCCCCCGCCGUCGCGUGCAACAGCUCGGUGCGCGGCAUUGUCGCCUGCGUCAUGUCCCAGGUCGCCAUCCCCAUCCAAAACGCCAUCGGCGACGGCGGCCUCUAUACCCUCUUCACGGGGAUUCUCGCGCUCUCGUGCGCCAUGAUCGUCCUCGUGUCGUACCGCGGCAAGCGGUGGCGCGAGGCCAAGCAGGCACGGAAGGAGGCGCGGAGCGCCGCGACAAGCGGCGCAAAUAGUGGUGUAGCGAGCGGCAUGGCGAGUGGUGUGGCUAGUGGGAACGCGAGCAGGGCGCCUAGCAUUAAAGAAAGCACGCCGUCGCCGACUUCUACGGCGGUGAGCGGGGAAGAGGGCCAAGUCGGGACAUUCCAAGGAAGGGAUGUCAAGGCGGACGCUAAGAACGCCGGGGCGGGGUCAUAGCCUUCUGGGUUGUCUAUGUCGAGCGCUUCCUGCUCCCAGCAGCUCCUGGACGGCGCGCCAUGGUCCCCCCACUGUGGUUUCACAUUGUCCGCGACAAAGUGGUAUUGAAGACCACACCCUUUCACUCCAAGCUUCUUCUAUAGUAUAAUCUAUGUGACACUGUACAACAGG